AAAAUUUUAUCAAAUAAAGGAAAAAUUUUUUUCCCAAAAUCAAGUGGGGUCGAAUGGCCAACUAAAUUCUGGAAUCUGGAUCCACUUCUCUUUGCCUUUUGCUUUUCUGUGUUUUUCAGCCCGUGUUAGGCGCCUCCUUCUCCACCAGCUUCAAAUCCUUUUUGUUUCUAUCCUCUCAUUCCACCUCCAGUUUUUCACCAAUAUACAAAACACCCUCUGCAAAAGCAUCAAACUUUAUGUUCUCACAAUCUUUAAGGAUUUGAAGGUAAGGGGAGUUUUCGUCUACAUUUUACCGAACUUCCCUUUUGAGGCAAAAAAUGGGCUUCACUUUAUGUUCUUCUUCUGAACUCUCAUAUCCAAGUUUAGAGGGUUUGAGGAAUGCACAGGCAAAUCCAGUGGCAUCUAAAUCUUUCACAAGGGCUGGUGGUUACAUAAAAAAGCAUUAUUUUCUAUCAUCGUAUUCUGAUGCUAGAAAAUUGGUGAUAUCAAGCCAUCUAUUUCCUGGCCAUUUAGAGGGAUCAUUCAUGGGAAAGAAACGGCAAGUGGAGCCGAGAAAGAAGCUGGAAUUUGUGAGGACAUUGUUGAUUGAUAACUAUGAUAGUUACACAUACAACAUUUAUCAGGAGCUAAGUGUAAUUAAUGGCGUGCCACCCGUAGUUGUGCGAAAUGAUGAGUUGACAUGGAAAGACAUUUGCUGCCUCUUGUAUGAGGACGGUGCUUUCGAUAAUAUUGUUAUAUCGCCUGGACCUGGUUCUCCAACUUGCCCUGCAGAUAUAGGAGUGUGUCGUCAGCUUCUGUUAGAGUGCUGGGAUAUCCCUAUUUUGGGUGUUUGCCUUGGCCAUCAGGCUCUAGGUUAUGCACAUGGUGCUCAAAUUAUCCAUGCAUCUGAGCCAAUCCAUGGACGCUUGAGUGAAAUUGAGCACAACGGCUGCAAUCUAUUUGCUAAUAUACCGUCUGGCAGAAAUUCAAGGUUCAAGGUUGUUCGAUAUCAUUCACUUGUUAUAGAUGCAGAAUCUCUCCCAGAAGAGCUCAUACCAAUAGCUUGGACUGCUUCAGAUGACACACUUUCUUUCCUUGAGACCCAGAAGUUUGAUGCCAUCCCUGAUGCUUAUGAGAGUGAAAGACAGAAAGCAAACUUUGACUCUUUUUCAGCAAAAAAUGGAAGUUACUGGGGUCAUGUUAACGGAACAAAAAGUAGAAAAGUUGUAAUGGGCAUUAGGCAUGCUACUUGGCCUCAUUAUGGCGUGCAGUUUCAUCCCGAAAGUGUUGCUACAACUUACGGGAGACAGAUAUUCAAGAACUUCAGAGAAAUAACCAAGGAUUAUUGGUUACAAAUGAGUUCGUCAUUCUGCAGUGACAGAAAUAUCCAUUACACUGCGUCCAUGCAGGUACCCCAUGCUACUGGACUUUUUGGAGCUGUUCAUAGAGGGAGGCAAUCAGUAAAAAAGGCAGAUUUCCGAGUUAAUGGAGAAGCUUGUAGCAGUGGGCAAUUUAUGCGAGGUGCAAAUCAGCGAAAUUUAGGAUUUCUUGAUAUGGUAAAUAUUUUGCCUCCGAGCUUAGGUGCUAAAUUUCUAAGGUUGAAAUGGAGGAAGUUUGGUCACUUGGCAAGUGAAGUCGGUGGAGCAAGAAACAUAUUUACUGAACUUUUUGGGAAAAAUAAGGCUGAAAACACUUUUUGGUUGGACAGUUCAUCAACAGAGAAGGGAAGAGCACGGUUUUCGUUCAUGGGGGGUAAAGGUGGAGAUCUUUGGAAGCAAUUAACUUUCAGACUGUCUGAACAAAGUGAUACAGCUGGUGAACGUGGUCAUUUAUUGAUUGAAGAUACCAAAGGCUUUACUUGUAGCAAAAUUCUGGAAGAAGGUUUUUUUGAAUAUUUGAACAAGGAGCUUCUGUCACUGUGUCACGAGGAAAAAGAUUAUGAAGGCCUGCCAUUUGACUUCUACGGUGGAUUUAUCGGUUAUAUAGGGUAUAAUCUUAAAGUAGAAUGUGGCGCAGCAUCUAAUGCUCACAAAUCCACAACUCCAGAUGCUUGCUUUUUCUUUGCCGAUAACCUUGUAGUUAUUGAUCAUCAUACCAAUGAUGUUUAUGUAUUGUCCUUACAAGAAGGAAAUACAACUAAGACCCAAUGGCUGGAUGAUACCGAAAAGAAGCUUGUCAGCUUGAAAGGUUCAGCAACAAGACAAUUACAUGAGCGGAUUUCAAAACCUGUGGCAAACUCUCCACAUGAAGCAGGUUUUCUUUCUGAGAAAUCCCAAAAGCAAUACGUGAGUGAUGUUGAGAAAUGUCUGGAGUACAUUAAAGAUGGAGAAAGCUAUGAGCUCUGCCUCACAACUCAGUUUAGAAAAUUCAUUGGGGAAGUAGAUCCUUUGAGACUUUAUCUUCAUCUUAGAGAGAAAAAUCCAGCUCCCUAUGCUUCAUGGCUAAAUUUUUCAAAGGAAAAUUUAUGCAUAUGCUCUUCUUCUCCUGAGAGGUUCUUGCGACUAGAUAGAAAUGGUAUACUUGAAGCCAAGCCAAUUAAGGGAACCAUUGCUCGUGGUACAACACCGGAGGAAGAUGAACGGCUCAAGUUACAAUUGCAGUAUAGUGAAAAGGAUCAGGCUGAAAAUUUAAUGAUUGUCGAUCUUCUGAGGAAUGACCUUGGUCGUGUCUGUGAACCGGGCACCGUUCAUGUGCCACAUCUCAUGGAGGUGGAAUCUUACGCAACUGUUCAUACUAUGGUGAGUACAAUCCGGGGGAAAAAGCAGUCAAAUGUUAGCGCUGUUGAGUGCGUUAAGGCAGCAUUUCCUGGCGGUUCAAUGACGGGAGCCCCGAAGUUGAGAUCAAUGGAACUUUUAGAUUCCAUCGAGAGCUGCUCCCGGGGUAUAUACUCGGGCUCCAUUGGAUUCUUUUCCUAUAAUCAGACAUUUGAUCUUAAUAUUGUGAUAAGAACAGUUGUCAUACAUGAAAAUGAAGCAACUAUAGGUGCAGGAGGGGCCAUCGUUGCCCUAUCGGAUCCGGAAAAGGAGUACGAGGAAAUGGUACUUAAAACGCGUGCUCCGGCCAAUGCUGUGAUGGAAUUUUAAUCGCAGUUAUUUGUCAGCUGAAUCAAAUACGAACAUUCUUUGCCAUUAAUUUUUGCUGUGUUGAAUUAUUGUCACAGGAAAAUACGCCAUAAUCUGCAGAAAAUGCGGCAAUACAAUGUUAGUUUAGCUUACCAUGUUAUCCCUCAUUUAUUUCUGCCAAAAAUCAAACAAAAAGCUAUUUGGUUCAAACAAUGUUCUGAACUUCUGUACUAUAAAUUGAUUGGAAAUAGAAAUUUAUGAGUUUAUAAUUUUUUAUAUA